UUGGGGCCCACGUCAUUGGUUUCCACGGUGGGCAGUUCUAUCGCUGCUCUUCCGGUGGAGACGUGGCUCUGUACUGCUGCCAUAUUGACGCUAGCUAGCUAACAAUCACACAACUUGAAGUCAGCUAUAUAUUCGCACCUUGCUAUUCCGGAGUGAGUAGAAAUCACCACAUCAAGAAACACGAGAAACGGAAGACCGUCGUACCUUAGAGAGAGACCAAAAUGGUGCUGUUGGCAGCGGCGGUGUGCACCAAGGCCGGCAAGGCCAUUGUAUCGCGGCAGUUUGUGGAAAUGACCCGGACACGCAUUGAGGGUCUUCUGGCUGCAUUCCCUAAACUGAUGAACACGGGAAAGCAGCACACCUUUGUGGAAACAGACAGUGUUCGCUAUGUUUACCAGCCGCUGGAGAAACUCUACAUGGUCCUCAUCACCACCAAGAACAGCAACAUCCUGGAAGACUUGGAGACCCUCAGACUCUUCUCCCGUGUGAUCCCAGAAUACUGUCGUGUGCUGGAGGAGAGCGAAAUAUCGGAGCACUGUUUUGACUUGAUCUUUGCUUUCGAUGAGAUUGUGGCACUAGGCUACAGAGAGAACGUCAACCUGGCUCAGAUCCGCACCUUCACAGAGAUGGACUCUCAUGAGGAGAAGGUUUUCCGUGCUGUCAGAGAGACCCAGGAAAGAGAGGCCAAGGCAGAGAUGAGGAGGAAGGCCAAGGAGCUGCAGCAGGCUAGGAGGGAUGCUGAACGCUCUGGAAAGAAGGUGCCAGCCUUUGGCGGCUUUGGCAGCGCCGGCAUGACCAGCAUCUCCUCAGGGUCCAUCAUCACAGACACCAUCGUUGAGCCCGAGAAGCCCAAGAUCACACCAGCUCCAGUCAGACCAAGUGGACCCAGUAAGGCUCUGAAACUGGGUGCUAAAGGAAAAGAGGUGGACAACUUUGUUGACAAGCUCAAGUCCGAGGGUGAAACCAUCAUGCCCACAACAGGCAAGAGGGGCUCAGAUGUAUCUAAAGCUCUGCCACCACCAGUCAAUGUGGAGAGUGUACAUCUGCGUGUGGAGGAGAAGAUCUCACUGACUUGUGGUCGUGACGGCGGCCUACAGAACAUGGAGGUGCUGGGCAUGAUUACGCUCCGAGUCACAGACGACAAGAGCGGACGCAUCCGCCUCAUUAUCAACAAUAAUGACAACAAAGGAUUGCAGCUGCAAACACAUCCCAAUGUGGACAAGAAGUUGUUCACAACUGAUUCAGUGAUUGGCCUGAAGAACCCAGAGAAGUCCUUCCCUCUCAACAAUGAUGUUGGUGUGCUGAAGUGGAGACUACAGACCACAGACGAGUCCCUCAUACCUCUAACCAUAAACUGCUGGCCUUCAGAGAGCGGUAGCGGCUGUGAUGUUAACAUCGAAUACGAGCUGCAGGAGGAGAGCCUCGAGCUCAACGACGUGGUCAUCAGUAUUCCUGUACCGUCUGGUGUGGGAGCUCCGCUGAUUGGGGAUCUGGAUGGAGAGUACAAACAUGACAGCAGACGAAACAUUCUGGAGUGGAGCCUACCCGUCAUCGAUGCCAACAACAAGACGGGCAGCCUGGAGUUCAGCAUCGCCGGACAGCCCAAUGACUUCUUCCCCAUCGCUGUGUCCUUUGUUUCCAAGCGCAACUACUGCGACAUCCAGGUUACCAAAGCGACUCUCGUAGAUGACGACAGCUCUGUUAGAUUCUCCUCAGAAAUCUCCUUUGUUGUCGACAAAUACGAAAUCCUGUAAAAUAUAUUCAAAGAAAUCAACUAAAUCAAAAAAUCACCAACAAAAAAAAGUCCAAAUCUAUGCUACAGAGAAAGAUUGAAGAUUUCUUGCCUGCCCACCCUGUAUACUAUUUCAGAGACUGUACAUCGACAGGACUACGUCAGCCCUCUGACAAAGCCUCUUCCUGUGGUGGAGCAGAGCAGCGGUGGUGUAUUUAUAUGUUUGUAUGAGAGAGGAUCAUCUAUAUAUAGAGUUAAUUGAACAGGAAAAACCAACAAACACAAAAAAAGAAAACUACACUGAUGCUGUUGUGUUCGCCAAGCAGAACUGUAAAGAGGACUUGAGACUAAUUAGAGGAUGACUGCAGGGUGCAGGAGAGGCCGGGGGCCGUCUCCUCGUCAGUCUAUCAGUAAAGCCCUGCCAGGAGGGAGAACAUCAGUCUCCACUAGAAUGAGCGCUGGUAGUUUAGCUUCCCCCGAGCAUCAUGCACCCUCCACGCCCUUUCUUCGUCACAUUGCAAUGGUUCAUCUUUGAUGGGGUUCUUGCUUUAUUUCCUUUCAGAUUUUCUUAUCCAUAAUAACUGCAGAAUUGUAUCUGUCCCAAUCAUAAUAAGCCUGUCACUCUUUAAUCGUUAAACUAUUGUGAUUUGCUCUAUUGGUAUCUCACUUCAGAUGAUUUUUUUUUCUUUCUCGUGAGGACACUUAGUUUUCAGUUUUUGUAGAGGUAACACUUUGCUGAUUAUUAGAAAUAUGGCUCUGUGCUCAGUAUAUUGUCUACUGUCUGCAGUUAUCAUCAGCAAAAUUGUCGUGUCCUUUUAUUUUUAAUUGAUAUUUUUUUACUGUAUAAUUUGUAAUUGUUUACCACUAAUCUGGAUAUUGAAAUUUGGUAGGAAUUCUCAGCCGGAGGGCAAAGUUAGCUACCAGUAAAUACAUCUGACCAUUGCAUCUGUUAAAACUUCUUCUGCCCUUCUUUUUUUUUUUUUUUUUUGUAACACCAUAGCAACCACUCCUCAAUUUGUCAAAAAGAGCCAUGUUUCACUCGGGUCCAUUAAAGUUCAACGAUCAGCUCAGAUAUCACAGAGUAAAAUACUUUGAUCGCAGCCCAGAAACAACAUCCAAGCCCUUAAUCGAACAUCAGAUCUCAGAUCGGACUGGGUGUGUGUUGGCAUGAUUGUGGAAAUCCACACAGAGCCGGGAUCACAGACUGCCAGCCUGAUAUUCGACCCACUCCCCUCACAUCCCAGGUAAGCAGAGAGACGGUAAACUCUGCUGCACACACCCCGCCUGCUCAUCUACCUGGUCAUCCUUUUACUGCAUUCUCAUAGUGCAUCAAUAUUAUUCAAGAUAUAACAUAUGUCUUUCAUUUUAUUGUUUUUUCUUUUUUUUCAUCUGUCCUCCCCAAAUCUCAAUUUAGCAAUGGUUGUAUGGACGUGGGGUUGAAAAUGACCAGAUUGAUCAUUUUUAACUUAAUUACUGAAGGGGAAUCUUAACAUUCCAGUGUACAAUUAGAAAAAAAGAAUCUUUAAUGGAAUAAAAUGUAUUAUUGAAAAUGUCAA